CACGUGACCCUCAAGCCCUGUGUAAUCCCAUCCACACAUGUUGCCGUAAUCAUAGCGGACGGAAUACUUGCAUCAUCCAUCCCGAUACAUUUCGUAGUAUUCGUUUCGAAGGAAGGAGAACUAGAGGUGUGUGGAUGUCUUCGCUGUCUCUACACGCAAAAGUCUGCGAACGAAAUGUGUUUAUGCAAGAACCGAAUUUGGGAUGGAGAAGGUGGGGUUUAGAAUUUUCUUCGUGCGACAAGAUUCCUCGUUCUGCGGAAAGAAGGACACAAAUGACCGUGCUCCAGUUCCUGCAAUGGCAUCUGGAAUACACAUAGACAAGGUGGUCGCAGACAUCCGAGAAUUCGUGAAGGAGCUAUGCAAAGAGUACCAGGAAACUCUUAUUCCUAUCAACGAUGACAACGUCAAUCUCCACAAGCUCUGCACCAAGCUUGAACACGUUGUCCAACAUGGACAGAAAGACAAGUUCACCUUCUUGGGCAAUCCCAAGGAUUACUGGGACUACUUCUACCGUUGCUUCGCGUCGGAGAGCAGCUGUCCUGCAUACGGCGGCAUUACUUACGCAAAGUCUUUAAGCGAGGUCAAGACUAGUCUUGGGAGGGGCCGAGCUUUCAUCAGGUUUUGUCUAAUGUUCAAGUGUCUUCCCGAUACCUUGAAAGCAUGCGCUGACAAUGUCAAGGCAACUAGUGAGUUUUACCAGGACUGGUCAAUACUCCACAAUUCACAGAAGUUCCAUAACUGUAUCGCUUCAUUGUAUGACCUAAAUGCGGCAGCGUUUGACCUGUCACCAGGCGCAACUGAUCUAGAUGUGUCAUGGCCGCAUUUUGCAAAGAAAACCAAUUAUUCCUGGAUUCCACAGAACAAGCGUUCAAGUAUAACCAGUAUUACAGUUCCAGUAUCGGGGAAUAAAGACGGUCCCGCAUCUCCAGUUCCUAGCUCCGUUCCUCAGGAUGUCUUCGAGCAGAUGAAAAAAGAGCUUCAGCAGAAAAUUUGUGACGCCGAAGCUGCCACUGCUGAGUCUGCGAGAGAGCUACAGGUGCACAAGGACGAGCAAAAACAGAAAGAAGAGCGUUGGAAAGAAAGGGAAGAGGAACUUUUGGCAAAAUUAGCUGUCCUUGAGAACGCUGGGAUGAAUGGAUCCGCCCAAGAUUCUUCGACAGAAACGGAUCAAGAACUUGACAAGGAGUUGCAACAGCUCGCAACAGAAAACAAGGACCUGUCUGUGAAGAACGGUUUUCUUACUCGACGACUGAACGAGAUCCUACAAAGGCUUGAGGACAGCGAGGAGGCACUGGUAGCUGCAAGGCAAUCGGAACUCGAGUUGCAGACCAGAAUGGAAAAGCUUCGGCUCGUUAACGAAGGUCUCAAGAACCUCGUAGAUGCAGUCCGGCAAGAGAACACGAUUCUGCGGCAGCAGGCAGUGGUCAUGGAUAAAGAGAUACACAACACGCACAUUCUUCUGGAACAAAAGAAAGUACAGUGUAAGUGUCUGGACGAUCAGCUCACAGAACUGAGGUCAAGGUGCUGUGAAGCCCUUAAUAGCAGCGCCCUUAAGGAUAAAAAAAUUAAGAAAUUAGCAAGCAUACUGUGUGUGAUACGGAAGCGGCAUAUAACGUCAAGCAAGUCGCCAAGUGAAGGAGAAGGAAUCUCAAGUGGUGAUGACAAGAAUGUCAACUGUGAUGUCUGUGAUAGCCCCGCCGACGGGACCACUGAACUUUCUGCGCUAAGUGCGAACAAUGAUAAAGUACAAUAUCGGGAACUCUGUAAAGUCGUGGACGAAUUUCCUUCAGGAGACUCAUCGACAGAUGCUAACUCUGAGCUGUUUGAACACUGUUUGCGCUACCUCGGGUCGGCGUUGCUACAGCAAGAAUCUCUGAUCGAGAAAGCAAGCAGCAGAGUGAAAGACUUGUCUUCCGCAACUCAUAGUAUUAACUUACAACUGCACGUCUUACAGGAAGUGCUAAGCAUGAAGCCUCCUGAAGAUGCCGCACCUAGCAACGGUCACACUGUGGUGUCACAAGAAAUAGUACAAACAGAACUGACGCCACCUCGAAUUGAGGGAUGUGAUUUUAUUGCUACACUUUUCGAAACCCUCUGCCGUAAUCACGCUAAGCUGCAUGGGUUGAUGCAAGCAGAAUCUCAACUGGAUGCUGAGCUAGCUGACUGCAGAGAGCUCAACAGUAUACUCGCGAGCAAAGUGCAUGAGCAAGAACGUAAACUCUGUGGGUUCGUGCAAGAGCUCGACAGGACUAAAGUUCUGCUAGAAACUUUAGAAGGAACGCAUCAAAAGUUGCAGACAGCUAAAGCUGUCAUGCGGUAUGAACUGCAGGAGAAGAAGCACAUAUUGAAGAACCUCAAAGCCCAACUAGAAACGACGCGCGAAAACAGUGCCAGAGUUCGUCGUUCAAACGCAGAGUCGGAGUUGGAGUGGAAAAGUCUGCGGGAAGAAUUUACCAGCAGAAAGAAGCAAGACAGUCAGGACAGCGGUCUCUCGGAUGCGGGUCACAGCUCUCGGGAACAGUCUCCUUCUAGCGGUGACGACACGUCAGAGAAGGACGACCCAGAUUCAGUUGAAGACUUCAGUUCUGCAGUGGUAGAUUCAGAUAACGACUUGUCCCGUUCGCCCCAUAUGCUGGUUAUUGAUAUCGAGGAAAGAUAUCGUAUAAGGUCACAAAGGCUUGAGUUUCUGGAGCAACAGUGCAGGAUACUCUACAAUAGUUUAGUUCGUAGCACGGAGCGCAGCAACGGGUUGCAGAGGCGGCUCCAUAGUUUGCUGCGUGGCACACGCUACGAUACUUCCCCAACCAGUAGUAGCAGCAGUGACGACGACGCGCCUCCAGUGCCUCCAUCGGAACUUCAAAGUGCAUUGGCUGUUAUAACAGAAGAAGCGGCAGCGCUUCCGGAGGAAAGGCUAUUGACGGAUUACGAGUCUGACGUAGAAGAGACCUCUCAGGACGACUCGCUCCCUGAAAUUAGAAAACGUACCCUCGACACUGUUGUGCAGCGAGUGAAAAUGGAGAAAUUUCAAAGCGAAGAAGCUAUCGCAAACUUGAGACAAACUAUAACGGAGCUCCAAGAAGCCAAUGAACGACUGACUCUGCAGAUUACCCAAAUGGCAGAUGAAAGACUGCAAAGGGAGAAAGAUGUAAGGCAGAGGGCAUGUGAUAUGCUGAAGAACGAGCGGUGCAUGAAGAGCGUUCAGGUCCAAGAGUUAACAAAGGAACGCGAUUUGCUUCUUGAGCAAAGACAAGAACUGCUUGUGAAGCUUCAGGAGAAGGAUGAGAAGAUUGCGGAGAUGGAAAAGAACAACAAGAAGACUAUGCAAGACUAUAGCACACUGGAAAAAGAAGUCGCUGUGCUGACUGAGAAGCUGCAGUAUCAGACAUCAUCGCAUGACCACAUACAACAGAGUUUCGCGGUGCAGCAGACCUUGAUAACAGAAAUGAAAGACAGGAUCGAGGAUCAAGAAAAAUCACUCGCUGAGCUUGAACAGUCACUGGUGGGACUUCGUGAAGAUCGCAUAGCGGAACAGACCCAGUUCUUCACGGAGAUGGAACAAGUGCAACUUGUGGUAGCAUCCAGGGAAGAAGAAUGCUUAAAUCUGGGCGAAGAGCUUCGGCAGCUACGUGUCCAAGCAGACCAGGACAGGCAUCAGAACGAGCAGCUAAAGACGGAACUUGCAAAAGCCAAACAGUCGCUGACAACACUUGAAGGGGAUCUAAAGCAGAUGUCUGGAGAUUCCGAUGGCUUAAAGAAGCAGAUCAUAAGGCUUGUAAAGGAGAAAGACCUUCUUUGGAAGGAGAACGACAACCUUCAAUACCUUCAGCGAGUACAAGCGACGGAUAAAUGGAUGAACAACAGUGAAACUGAUUGCUGCCUUCACUGUUCGACGCAGUUCACACUUACCAUGCGAAAGGCGAAGCAUCAUUCGCUUCUUUAUAUAAUGCAGCACCACUGCCGGCUGUGUGGAAAGAUAUUUUGUCACAACUGCUCCAACAACUGGCUGAUGACAACGGCGAGUCGGAAUCCCACACGAGUGUGCAACGAUUGUACGACAAGGAACGAAGAACUUAUGCGCAACGCCAGGAGGGUAUCCAUUACGAGCACUGUGGACAGCGAGUUCGACCUCCCUGAGGCGUCGGGCUACAAACUACAGAAAAGCAAAACCACUGAGAUACCCUUCAGGAGUAAAAGGACAUCCAUCCCGAGCCACCUCGCAGAGGAAGUGGCCUUGUGCUCCUCGGCCCCUUCUUUGCAAUCGUCGUCGCCACGCACCAUGCCCAAAAUUGUUCGCAACUGGUCAUUCCCACGACUUCGAAAACUACAGUACCUGCAGAGAUCCCCGCGUGGAGCCGAUGACAAGAACUUUGACAUCAUAAGCGACGAAGAGAUAGCACGGUCGCUUUCUGCCUGCAGUCCUUACAACAGCUUCAGCCCUCCCGCCAGCACGGAGAUAUCUUUCCAUCAGAGCUCUCCUCGCACCGCAGACGACAUUGCCGACUGCGGAGACGAGGGUUGUCGCGGGGAACUAUGGGUCAAUGCUGGUGCAAGCUGUGGCAUUCCUAUCCACCUUGACGUUGCAGAAACUACUAUCCGGUACCAGUUCACGUCAGACCCCAAGACUGUCUCCUUCGAGAUAAAGUAUAGAUCAUUUGAUGCAGACGUAGACGCCAUGGAUGUCAUCCUACCCUCUGUGAGUGUGCAAGCAAGUCCCGAACCCGUAGAAGGACAGCUGAUAGUGCGAGACCCUGGACUCUACAUGCUGGUAUUUGACAACCAGCACUCAAAGUUCAUGGCCAAGAAGAUUUGCUACAAGCUUCAUGCGCAGAAACCGUGCAAAGACGGUCAAGCGUCGUCGUGCGUAUGAAUUGCCCGACUCGUGCCCGUCUCGGCAGACUUGUAUAUUAAUGUAAAGGUUGUGUUAGUGUUGUAAAUUAUAGGCUUGUUUGACAAUGUAGAGCACAUCCGCUGUAAAUGUGCAUGUAUAUGUCAUAAUUUAUUAGAGAAUGACCAUCAUUUUAACGUCAAUUUUUAAUAUAAUGGACCGUGUACAGAUGGCAUUCAUAUAGUUCCGUCCCUCGCAUAGACCUGACAACGUUUUAUAAGAAAUGUUUUAAUAAAACGUACGUUUUAAAACAAAAUUCUGA